AUGAAUGCUUUGAACCCAAGAUUUCGUCGAAGAAUGCGAAUGGAUAUUAUAGGCAUCCUCCUAGAAGUGUGGUCGAGUCCAGAUCAUUGCCAUGAAGCUGAACACUGCAAUAUGAUUCCUGAAAACACCUUGAUUUUGUUGUAUAAUGUUGUUGAUUUGUUAUUAGUUAAGGGGCUCAUGAACUUUCACCCUGAUGUAUUUGAGAUAUUGAUCAGAUCGUUUAAAUGGAAGGGUGUUCCAUUGCAUAAAUGUUUGGCUAUGUUGUGGGAAUACAGAAGGCUUGGCCAUGUUCUUUGUGCUUUCUCUGUAAAUGAGUCAUUUAUCACAACUUUGUCACAGCAUUGUGGUGAACUUUCACAGUCCAUUGAUUUUUGGAUAAGAUUUAUAAAAGGAUCAGAGGCACAAGGAGUGGGGUUUCAGCAGAACUUCAGUUUGAUGUUCCAAUCAGAUAUCAAAGUUGAAGAAGUCAAGAAGGCUGCUUCUGAACUUCUUUCUAGUGUCUCUUUACCCAGUGGUUCAGCAUUUACUGCUGCGUAUCUGUACCAGGACUUGUCUGAGAAAUUGGUUUCAAGUGGAAGUCUAAUUGAGUCAAUAUUGGAAGCAUGGAUAGGGCAAGGGGUUGGAUCUUCAGUUUAA